AUGGCAUCGGCCGAGGUUGUCGACAUCCCUCGACGCGAUGCGAGGCCCCGGCGCGACUCUGGGGCCCGCGACGGCGGAGACUCCUACCGACCUCCGCCCUCAUCAGGCGGCGCGCGCGCCCCUCCCCCCCGUCGAUCACCCCCUCCUCCUCCUCCCGCACGCACAGAAGAGGAGAAGCAGGCGGCCGCCAAGGCUGAGUACGAGAAACUGCUGACGAUGCGGUCGGGGGGCACGUACAUCCCCCCGGCGCGGCUGCGGGCGCUGCAGUCGCAGAUCACGGACAAGACGUCCAAGGAGUACCAGCGCAUGGCGUGGGAGGCGCUCAAGAAGAGUAUCAACGGCCUGAUCAACAAGGUCAACACGGCCAACAUCAAGCAUAUCGUGCCCGAGCUGUUUGGCGAGAACCUGAUGCGCGGCCGCGGUCUGUUCUGCCGCUCCAUCAUGAAGGCGCAGGCGGCCAGUCUGCCAUUCACGCCCAUCUACGCGGCCAUGGCGGCCAUCGUCAACACCAAGCUGCCCCAGGUCGGUGAGCUGCUGGUGCGCCGCCUGGUGCUGCAGUUCCGCAAGGGCUUCCGCCGCAACGACAAGGCCGUCUGCCUGUCGGCCACCACCUUCAUCGCCCACCUCAUCAACCACCAGGUGCAGAACGAGAUGCUGGCCGGUCAGAUGCUCCUGCUCCUGCUCAACAAGCCCACCGACGACAGCGUCGAGAUCGCCGUCGGUUUCUGCCGCGAGGUCGGCCAGUACCUCGAGGAGAUGCAGCCGACCGUCUGCAUGGCCAUCUUUGACCAGUUCCGCAACAUUCUCCACGAGGCUGACAUCGACAAGCGCACCCAGUACAUGGUCGAGGUCCUCUUCCAGGUCCGCAAGGACAAGUUCAAGGACAACCCCGCCAUCAAGGAGGAGCUCGACCUCGUCGAAGAGGAGGACCAGAUCACCCACGGAGUCGAGCUCGACGACAGCAUCGACGCCGAGGACGGCCUCAACAUCUUCAAGUACGACGAAGCAUACGAGGAGAACGAGGAAGAGUACAAGAGGAUCAAGGCCGAGAUCCUCGGCGAAGCCAGCGACGACGACGACGACGACGAUGGAGAGGAUGACGAUGACGAUGAGAGCUCUGAUGAAGAGGAGGAAGAGCAAAAGGCAAUGGAGAUCAAGGACCAGUCCAACGCCGACCUGGUCAACCUCCGCAGGACGAUAUACCUGACCAUCAUGUCGAGCGCGGACCCGGAGGAAGCGGUCCACAAGCUCAUGAAGAUCAACCUGCCCGCGGGCCAGGAGCCGGAGCUGCCGUCCAUGAUUGUCGAGUGCUGCUCGCAGGAGAAGACGUACACCAAGUUCUUCGGCCUGAUUGGCGAGCGCUUCGCCAAGAUCAACCGGCUGUGGUGCGACCUGUUUGAGCAGGCCUUUGUCAAGUACUACGACACGAUCCACCGGUACGAGAACAACAAGCUGCGCAACAUUGCCAUGCUCUUCGGUCACAUGUUUGGGUCCGACGCCCUGGGCUGGCACUGCAUGUCGGUCAUCCACCUGAACGAGGACGAGACGACGUCGUCGAGCCGCAUAUUCAUCAAGAUCCUCUUCCAGCAGAUGACCGAGGAGCUGGGCAUGCCCAAGCUCAAGGCCCGCAUGACCGACGACGUCCUCCGCCCCCAGCUUGAGGGUCUCUUCCCCCGCGACAACCCCCGCAACAUCCGCUUCUCCAUCAACUACUUCACCAGCAUCGGCAUGGGCACCCUGACCGAGGAGAUGCGCGAGCACCUCCAGAACAUGCCCAAGCCAGCCCUGCCCGCCGCGCUCACUGCCGGCGGCGGCGGCGGCGACGACUCCGACUCAGACUCGGUGUCGAGCUUCUCGUCCUACACGGGCUCAUCGUACUCUUCCCGCUCCCGCUCCAGGUCACGCACCCCUCCCCGCCGCCGCGCCCGCUCGUACACGGCAUCUGUCUCGCCGGCCCCCCGCGGCCGUCGCAGCUCACGGUCUCCAGCGUCGUACGACUCCCGGUCGCGGUCGCGGUCGCGCUCUCGCUCCUUGUCCGGCUCCAGAUCCAGGUCCAGGUCCAGUUUUAGGUCCUACACGCGAUCAGCCUCGCCCCCCCCUCGCAAGCAGCCACAGCCGAGGGGCGGCAAACGCUCCCGCAGUAGCAGCCACUCUCCCCGGUCGUCCGGGACGCGCAGCCCCCCACCGCCAUCUAGACGAUCCGGCCGCCGCGACGAACCAGUCAGCCGCUCGCCAUCGCGCUCCCGCUCGCCACGAGGCAGGAGGAGCCGCAGCGCCUCGUACAGCUCGUACAGCCGGUCCCCCUCACGCUCCCGCUCCCGCUCCCGCUCCCGCUCACCCACCCCGGCUACGGCCGACGAGAAACGUCGUCGUUACGACUCCCGAUCCGUCAGUCGGUCACCGACCCCCCCUCGUCGCGGCGGGAGGGUGAGCAGGGACGCGGACGCCUCCGUCCCUCCCGGGAACAAGAAUAAGCCGUCGCGCUCACCAUCACCCAGCGCUCCUGCACGUACUGGUGGGGGGAGAUCCCGUCGUGGAAGGACCGACUCGGUUGAUUCGAGGCCCAAGAGGAGGUCUCCUAGUCCCGUGCCUGCCAAGAGGAGGAGGUACAAUGAUAGUUUGUCCAGAUCGCCGCCGCCUGUGAAGAGGGGACGUCGUGGCGAUUAA